CCUUCCACCCUUCGACCCUGUCCCUUGGCCGGCGGCGCCGCCACAUAAUCCAGUCGGCCCACGCCGCCCCACAAUCCUUCCGACCCGCGACCCUCUCCCUUGGCCGCCGUCGCCGCCCCACAAUCUUGCCACCCCGUGCCGCCCCAUAAUCCUUCCGGCCUGCAACCCUCUUCCUUGGCCACCUCCACCCCACAAUCCUUCCGGCCUGCGACCCUCUCUCUUGGCCGCCGCCAUCGCCCCACAAUCCUGCCGGCCCGCGACAUCGAAAACCUUGGGUUCCUUCUCAUUGGUUGGCGGUCUAGUAACUUCUACUUCGGCAUCAUGGGCCAUGAUGAUGAUAUGAACUUAGUCGUUGGUCGCAUAUCUCCGUCGGCCCGUACAAGUAUAUGGGAUGGUGUGAUCCAACUUAAGAGCAUCGCGGUGUUUGUGCUCGCUUUCUUUAGAAGCGGGAAAAAAAUUCAAGAUAUGGUCUGGCCGAAAACCAUAGAAAUCGAAAGAAGAGUGAAAUGGGGGGAUUUUAAAGAAUUCCUCAAGGAUCUUCGCUACUCUCAAAACCGGUCGAUAAUGGUAAUUUCCCUGUGCUUGAAUGCCGAGUCUUCGAAAAAUGGCUUAGGGGGAAUGAAGGAGGUUGCAAAGAUGUUAAAAUUGAACAAAAGAAUUGGUUUAGCAACAAUAGAAGAUGAUACAUGUAUUUAUGUAUGUCCUGGGCAGAAGGAGAUAAUAACAGUCCUUAAGAAAUAUGGUUUCUGGAAAGGCACGUCAACAGUCCAUACAAACCAAGACUCUUUAAUUGGUUUUGUUGUACGGGACCGAAGAUCACCGGUAAACACAAGCAAGGGAGAGAUAAGCAUUGACAAAAUAAAAGAAAUUGGGGUUACUCAUGUGGAAGCACAACAAGUGAUAUAUGAUCAACGAUCAUACCCUGUUCACCCUCUUCAUGUUCCAGUAGAUGACGGCAUAUAUUUUCGGCGUCCUGCUCUGGUAUUAGCAGAGCAAGGCGCAUAUCGUCCAUAUCCUCCUCCUGGACUACUAAGUCAUGACUUUCAUUCUCCGCAUCCUCCUCCUGGACUAUCAGGUCAAGGGUUACAUCCUCGACAUCCUCCUCAUGCCCCAGAAUGUCAAGGCGUGCUUCACUCGCAUGCUCCUUGCGCAAGAGACCAAGGUUUCAUUUCCCAUCGUCCUCCCAAUUUUGCACCAGGAUAUUUGAGGCCCUCAACUGGUCAUGGAAACAACAAGGGUUCACUACACUUGAGACCACCUAGUGGUUCUGCUUCUGGUCGUGUGUGGCCUCCCAUGUCGCACCCAAGGUCCGGGAACGAUCUUUAUGGUUUUGAAAGAUCGAAAGGUUUCUCUCGCUCUAGCUCCACAUAUUACUCUAGAUACGACAAUGGCUCAGGUAGCUGGCCUCGCAAGUAAAGUCAAUGAUGAAAGCGUAGCCUUGUCCCAAACAACAUUCUGAAUGAUUUAUCUUAGAUUGGUGUAUUCAGAAGUACAAGCCAGACACCAAGACAUGGAUUCUUGUUUCCUUUUCUUUUUGGACCAGUUACUCCCAAUAUCUGCAGAACUGAAUUCUUGAU